AUGGAUGUAUCGGCCGGAGCAUUUUAUGAACCUAUUCUGGUAACUGAGUCUGUGAAAGAACUUUUGAACUACAGAGAACUGUCAAGGCCUUUGCCUGAUCGUGAUCGUUUGAAGGUGGAGAAGGCCUUAAAGGGGUUCAAGGUAGCACUUUCUUGUCGUGAUAAUAGAUCUUACAAAAUCACUGGGGUCUCAGUGGAACUGCUGAGCAAGUUGAUGAGGGACCGAGAGUUCAAGGUCACUCUCAAACUGGCUAGCAAACCAGAUGUGCAUCAGCCGCGACAGUUCCUGCUAAGCCAUCAGCAUGAGUCGCCUCAAGAUGCAAUUCAAGCUCUGGAUGUUGUUCUUAGGACCACACUUGAUGAAAAGUGCACUGUUGUCGGGAGGUCUUAUUUCGCCAUUGAGCCUCGGCAGAAAGUUGAUGUUGGUGCGGGUCUGGAAUACCGGGGAGGCUUUUACCUGAGCCUAGGGCCGACUCAACUUGGGGUCAUGCUCAAUAUAGAUGUAUCAACCGGAGCAUUUUAUGAACCUAUUCUGGUAACUGAGUUUGUGGAAAAACUUUUGAACCACGGAGAAGUGCCAAGGCCUUUGCCUGAUUGUGACCGUUUGAAGGUACUCUCCGUUUUUGUUUCGAUUUGUUUCAUGUUGUUUUGAUAGGCAAGGUAUCUAAAAGUAAAGCUAUAUGAAAAAAGUACAGGGUGAAUAUGCUGAGUUGAUAGUAAUUAACUUUACCUGUCUGGACAACGAAGUAGAAGCUAUAGGUUAUAUUUAUGCAGAUUUUGCUAGUAUAUAGGCUGAUCAUUCAGUUUUGAAGCUGCAUUUUGUGUAUAUAUCUGACUGAGAAAGGUGAUUUCACGUUCUGGAAACACUCGAGUCAUAUAUUUCACUGCUUCCCAACUAGUUAAAGUUGACUUAAAUGUGUCUGAAUAGCAAAACCUCUGUUAUCUCUC